ACAUGUCAGGCCAGACUCUUUUGAGCAGUCUUUGCAGCGUCUGGUAUGUCAACAUAUACGGAAGCAUACGUCGCUGCCAACUGUCUGCACCCGGAUCACACAUCCUGAGAACGAAUUAUGAUCCUUUUUUUUCGCUUCACACUAACGUUGACAGUAACAUCAAAGAGUCCAAAUACAAAUGCCCGGGUUGUUCUGCACGCACAUGCUCGCUGCCAUGCGUCAAGCGUCACAAGCAAUGGGCACAGUGUUCAGGCAAACGAGACCCAACAAAGUACGUAAAAAAGUCGCAACUCGCUACUCCAGCAGGCAUCGAUCAUGACUACAACUUCCUUUCUGGCAUCGAACGUGAUCUUGAGAAAUCGGAAAAAUCAGUUGCUGAGAGAGGACUCCAUGUCGGUCUCUCCGCCAGGCCCAAGGGUGAUCAGACUCAGAGGAUGGACUACCAGCUUGCAGCUGCUGGCGUAAAAGUGAUUCGGGCACCUAAAGGCAUGAGCAGAGCGAGAGAGAACAAGACACAUAGAUCCAAGUCAGGUAACAAAAACAUCAUCUGGACAGUCGAAUGGAUCGGUGAAGACAAGAGUCGAACACUCACCCAGAGUUCUGCAGUUGAACCUAUCUACAGGGCACACCCCCUCUUUGAGAGCACCCUAUCGAAAAAGAAACGGAAGAGAGGGGCCGAAGUCCCUUCGAACUCAGAGUCUGAGCUACCUCAGCACGCUGCAGAGCCCACGAAUGAUCAGGCCACGCUGCCUCAAAGUGAGUCGAUUGCAGAGACACAGAAGCCAUCGCCUCCAAUGCCGAAAUCUUUAGCGCAAGAGGCACAGGAGAUGAGCGAUACACAUGCAGAGGCCCCACCUCCAGAUCCUGCACAAUCUGACACUCCCACGGAUGGCAGGUAUAGUUUCUUCCUCCUGCGGCCAAGAACAAGCUCAAGCCGGCGUGUGCUCAUUCCUCUGACAUCUUCUGACACCCUUGGCGAAGCCCUACGAGGUUGCACAGUUGAAGAAUUCCCAACAAUAUACUUCUUCUCUUCGACAACACCGAACCUGCCUGCAGAGUUCGUGCUGGAUGAAGACUACAGAAUGGAGGAGGGCGAACAGCAGAGAGAAUUUGAGGAGCUGAUGAAGGACGUUGACCCUGCAAUAUUGAAAAAAUUACGCGAUGAUGGAACAAGCGGCAGGGCAGAUGAAGAGGUGGAUAGUAGGAAGAUCCUUGACGUGCUGAAGCAGGAUCUGGGUGUACUGUAG